CGACGUCCGUCCGACCAAUAUCACGCGGUUGAAAUCCACUGAUCUCCCGAUCCAUUCGCUUCCGGGUCGGUGACCGGGCAGCGCACCGUCCGCAUUCAAAGGAGGAGGAUACCCAGCAGGAAAGAAAACGACCACACUCCGCUUCCCCAGCUCCUGUGGCCUUUUUCUCAUAUUCCUCUCUCCUGACCUCCGUGUCCGUCUUCUUUUCUAAGGGAAGAUGGCGAUCUUCCCGUCGUUGCCGCACGUCCGGCGGUCCCUCUCAUCCUCUAUCGCACGGAGGCUGAGGCCGCCUCCGGCGGCGAGAUCCUUCACCACCACCGAGGGCUCCCGGCCCACAAUCGUCCACAAGCGGAGCCUCGACAUCCUACACGAUCCCUGGUUCAACAAGGGGACGGCUUUCUCGACGACGGAGAGGGACCGGCUGGAUCUUCGCGGGCUUCUUCCCCCGAAUAUUAUGACUCCGCAGCAGCAAAUUGAUCGCUUCAUGGUUGACUUGAAAAGGCUAGAAGUUCAUGCAAGAGAUGGACCGUCAGACACCAAUGCUUUGGCUAAAUGGCGAAUCCUUAACAGGUGUCAUGACAGAAACGAGACCAUGUACUACAAGAUCUUAAUUGAAAAUAUCGAGGAAUAUGCACCUAUAGUAUAUACACCCACUGUUGGUCUUGUCUGUCAGAACUAUAGUGGACUGUUUAGACGACCACGGGGAAUGUAUUUCAGUGCAGCAGAUAGGGGGGAGAUGAUGUCGAUGGUUUACAAUUGGCCAGCUGAGCAGGUUGAUAUGAUUGUGGUAACGGAUGGAAGUAGAAUAUUGGGCCUUGGUGAUCUUGGGGUUCAAGGUAUUGGUAUCGCAAUUGGAAAGCUGGAUUUAUAUGUUGCUGCUGCUGGAAUUAAUCCUCAAAGGGUGCUUCCUGUGAUGAUUGAUGUUGGAACUAACAAUGAGAAGCUUCUCAAAGACCCACUGUAUCUAGGACUUCAAGAGCAUCGUCUUGAUGGUGAUGAAUACCUCUCUGUUAUUGAUGAAUUCAUGGAAGCUGUUUUCACUCGAUGGCCAAAUGUCAUUGUACAGUUUGAAGAUUUUCAAAGUAAAUGGGCUUUCAAAUUAUUGCAGCGUUACAGAAAUACUUAUCGAAUGUUUAAUGAUGAUGUCCAGGGUACUGCUGGGGUUGCAAUAGCUGGUCUUCUAGGAGCUGUAAGGGCUCAGGGAAGACCAAUGAUAGACUUCCCAAAACAAAAGAUUGUUGUUGCUGGUGCUGGAAGUGCUGGGAUUGGAGUUGUCAAUGCUGCAAGAAAAACUAUGGCAAGAAUGCUGGGUAACAAUGAAUCAGCUUUUGAAAGUGCUAGGAGCCAGUUCUGGGUGGUUGAUGCUACGGGUCUAAUAACAGAAGGCCGUGCAAAUAUUGAUCCAGAUGCUUUACCAUUUGCCAGAAAGCUCAAGGAAGUGAGCCAUCAAGGUCUAACUGAAGGGGCAAGCCUAGUUGAAGUGGUUAAGAAAGUAAAGCCUGAUGUUUUACUUGGAUUAUCCGCAGUUGGUGGUUUGUUCUCUGAAGAGGUUUUAGAAGCCUUGAAGGAUUCAUCUUCCACUAGACCAGCUAUCUUCGCGAUGUCAAAUCCUACAAAAAAUGCUGAAUGUACACCUGAGGAAGCCUUUUCCAUACUGGGUGAGCAUAUCAUAUUCGCAAGUGGAAGCCCAUUUCAUGACGUUGAUCUUGGAGACGGUAAAAUUGGCCACUCCAACCAGGGAAAUAACAUGUAUCUGUUUCCUGGCAUAGGCCUUGGUACCCUUUUGUCUGGUGCACGUGUUAUCUCUGAUGGCAUGCUUCAGGCUGCAGCUGAAUGCCUGGCUGCAUAUAUGAAAGAAGAGGAGGCUCUUAAGGGGAUCAUAUACCCUCCGAUAUCCAGCAUAAGGGACAUAACGAAGGGGGUAGCUGCAGCUGUGAUGAGGGAAGCUAUAGCAGAGGAUCUAGCAGAGGGAUACCGUGACAUGGAUGCUCGGGAACUUCAAAGACUUAGUCAGGAGGAAACUGUAACAUAUGUAGAGAACAACAUGUGGAAUCCAGUCUAUCCAACCCUGGUUUACAGAAAGGACUGAAGCGCCAUCUCUCUUGCCAGGUUAUUUUUUACAAUUACAGGCGACAGGCAAGUGUAUGAGCAUCGUGAAGACCUAUCGUAUGAUCUGAAGUAACCUUGUGCCUUCUCAAUAGGGAACUUUAUUCGCAUUAUGAUAGAUAUCUCUUAUUUACAAUUGCCCUUAUCUAUAUCAUUUUGACUGGCUUAGUCUGCUACCACUAAUACAUUUUUUUAAAAAAAUUUCUAUUCAGGUAUAUUAGAAUUGCAGUAUACUUUGUUAUUGGAGUUCACUGGGCAUGCAAGGUUUAGCGUUUGCAUGCCUUUUUGUUGGCAUUUAGCAGGAUUUGAGGUUUUCAAAAAGGUCUUUUUUCAGAAUCAUACGUUUCCAACAUAAACCGGUUGAUUGAGCCAAGAGACGUGUGUGAAGAAGCAUACUUUUGACAUGAUUUCUGUCCUCAAUCUCUGUUUUCGGCAAUGGGAGCUGUGAUAAUAAAAAUAGUUUGGAGAACGAUCGUUUGCCCUUACUCUCUAGCACAGAAAUUUUUGAGUUGGCAAAAUCACUGAGGUAGCUUAUCGAUUUUUGUAUUUUAGAUCUUUGCCACUUGGGAGUUGGUUUGAUAGGCUGGCACAACAUUGAGUAGACCUAUAAUUUUUCCAAUUCUGAACAAAGAAGUUAUGUACCCUUUUCUUGGAAUUGUGGAAAAAUAAAUUAUCAUGGUAUGA